AUGGACUCCUUCCUGCUGCAGGACAUUACCGGCUCGAUCAACUACAAGAUGCGCUGGGGAGAGUUUGCAAUCCGCCUGUUGGAGGGCCAGGACGGCAGCGCGACAAAGGCUGUGGAUGCACUUCCACGAGCGGACCUGGACCUGCAUGCUGCGUGGAAGAUCAGCUGGGACCAGGCCAAGCAAAUCGGUCGCAACCGGCGAAUCGGUGCGACAUCGGACAUGAGGACGCGCACGCUGAGGUUCAACGACGUCUUCAGAGACGAAGUUGGGUGUGUUCAGAAUUUCGUGGUUGGCCCUGAUAGCCGCGUGCAGCUGCUCUGGGCCGCCCUUGCCAGCAUCUUCAUCGUCUGGGACAUGGUGACGAUUCCGUUGCAGCUUUUCCCUUUGAACCAGGCAUUCGAGCAGAUUCUGAGCACGCUGACAUACAUCUCCUUUACCUACUGGGUCUUGGAUGUUCCUCUUCACCUCAUCUUUGGCAUUCAGGUUGGUGGUGCGAUCGAGAUGAGGCCGCGGAAGCUGGCGAAGAUCUACCUCCACUCCUGGCUACUAGUUGACUUGGUCGUCAUCCUGGUCGACCUGUCCGUAAUUGUCCUCAACGCGCUGCAGGCCUCCACGAACCCGCUCUACCGGUCAGGCCGCUUCCUGCGUAUCCUCCGGAUGGUUCGACUCGUGCGGCUCCUGCGGGUUGCGAAGCUUGAGCGCGAGUUCAUGCUGGUGGCGAACUACUUCUUCUCGGCCUACACCAUGAUGGCUCUGAAGCUUGGUCUCUUGGCCAAGUUCCUACCUGGGCUUGAUGCUGGCGAUCAACCACCUGAUCGCAUGCUUCUGGUGAUCUGUCCUCCUGUUUUCCUGCGGAGGCCCCUUGAGCACAAGAUCCGAGCGAAAUCCAAAUGUCCCGAGCUGUAA